GAAGCCUCGGUGUCUACUUGCCCUGAGAUAAUUGCUGCCAGUAUGCUGUUCCCAAACGAACACAUCUCAUAUUUCUUACCGAGUGUUCGUCCGUAUCAGAACUCCAUUUGAAAUCGCGCGUUAUUGUUAAUGAAAAUAAUCGGACGGUGGAUAUGAUUUCAAGUUAUUGCCUUUGGUGAUUUUAUUUAUUUGACUCUAGCAUUGACUUUCGAGUAGUUGACAAUGUGCGGUAUAGUGAGGUAGAGGCGACAGUGGGAUUUUAUGAAAUUUGGAUUUAAUAGUUGUGUGAGAUGUUCAUGUUUUUCGCGUUUCUCCUUCUAUUAUCAGUUGCUAAAGGAGAUACAGAAGACUUAGAAACAAUCAAGACAAGGUAUGUUUGUCCUGAAGGUUUCCAUUUAGUCGGAAGGAAAUGUUACCACUUUAGUACGAACGAAGUUUCAUGGCAUGAUUCCCAUUUCUACUGCAUAACGCUAAAUAGUUCCUUAACUGUGGUGGAUUCGUAUCGAGAACUGCAUUUGUUAAGGGUUUAUUUAAAUAAAACCAUCACAGAUUUAGGCAAAUAUGAACGUUGGAUAGACGGAAUAUAUGAUUACAAGCAACUGAGAUGGAAAUGGGGCUCUUCUGGGCAACCUAUUACGUAUAACAAGUUUGCAAGGCUCCAAAUAGGAGACAAAUUUCACUGGCACUGUAUAGUACUCAACCCAUCAAAACAGAAUAAAUGGAGCGCUAGAAAAUGUACAGAUAAGAGACGUUAUGUUUGCCAAACAGAGACUAACACGUUCAUCGAGUUCAAAUUAUUUAGUAAGAAACCAAAAAAGAAGUUUAACAUAGCCAAAUGCUCGAAUCUACAGUGGCUACCCAAGUACGAAAGGAGGAAGUGUUUGAAAUUGUUAGAUCCAGCGUAUAACAACGAACCUGGAUAUAUUGUUAAAAAACCAAAACCAACUAAGGCCACAACACUAGACCCUGAUGGCUUCGUAUGUCCUCCUCACAUGAUUGGUUUAGGCAACAAGUGUUACAGCUUUAGCAAAAAAACAGCAGUUUUCUUGGAUGCUUAUUUCGAUUGCAAGAAAAACAAAAGUAAACUGGCCAUAAUUAGAAACAGAGACCAGGAUUAUAGUUUGAGAAUAUUGUUGAAUGGUUUCAUAGAAAAACACGACAGAUGGAUUGGAGGAGUGUACGAUUGGAAGUCCAACCAAUGGAGAUGGGCAAUGACAGGAAAACCUCUUAAAUACAAAGGAUUUGGCAAAGAUGUAUUCAAAAUUCGUAGCAACGACAGUUUAGCUUGGAACGCAAUUUAUAUGGAUCCUUCUUUAGGGAACAGUUGGAACGCAGACAAAGAAACGAAGAAAAAACAUUACGUCUGCCAAGUCAAGGCCAAGGCUGUGAAAAAGCUUGUAACUAAUCUAAAAUCUCCCCAAGCGACGAUAACUAUAGUUACCCAAUAAGGAUAAAACCAAAGUGAUGUUGUGACUGUUGUUAUUUAAUAUGGAAGGUAAAAUUGCUGGAGAAAGAAGCUACUCUAACGCUGAAUAGUUCGGCAGUGGUUGAUUGUUAAAAUCUCAGCAAAUUAGGAUAUUGGUACAAAAUUAAUCACAGCGUUCCUCCUCUUCUGCUUAGGACCAAUAAAGUAUUUUGUAAUAUUUUUGUAUUUAUUGUUAGUUCAGAUAGUUUUGCUUAGAUCGUUCUUAUGAAUUUUUAUACUCACACAGCACGUGUAUCUCUUUGAUGAAUUUUAUCCAAUUUGUUACGCUUGUUUAACCACUUAGUGUUCUUUAGAAAUGACUGUUAAAUAUAUUUAUUGUAAUUAUUUAUUAUUUGUAAAUUUAUACCUUAAUUUUGCAUAAGAACCACUACUACUAUUAUAUUGAAUACUCAAUCUUCCAAUGACAGUAUGCGAAAAAACGAAAGGAAUCAGAAACAGUAGGAUGUACAAUCACAAAAAGUAAUCUUUUUAUAGUUAUGGAUAAUAAUAAAUUUUUUAAAUAAUUUCUGCACAGUUGAAGAAAUAUUCAUAAAGAAUAAAAUAUUAACGUUGAUAAACAUUGAAUUAUAAUAAUAGUGACGUAAGAUAAAUUACAUUACAACCAUGUAAAUUUUAUAUGUAACUUAAUAUAUUUAAUAUUACAGAUAUCUUUGCUAUUUUUUUAAUAUAAACCUAUAAAGAAGUUCUUUAAUUAAAUAUAAAAAACUGCGAGGUAUAUUCACAAAGUAAGAGUUCACAAUUUUUUAAAAUACGAAACGGCAGUAAGUAUAUUUAUGAAAAAUUUUUAUAUUCAGAAAGUUGCAUCUAUCUUUCGACAUAGUCGCCUUCAACCUUUUUCCACCUAUAAACACCUUCAAAGAAGAGAAAAAAUGAAAAUCAGAAGGUGCUAGGUCAGGGCUGUGAGGCGUUGGCUGUGUGGGGACGAACAUUGUCAUGCAACAAGCACACUUCCUUCGUUAAAAUUCGCCUUCUUUUGUUCUGUAUCACCCUCCGUAGCAUUUUAAGACUUUCACAGUACCGUGCACCAUCAAUUGUUUCCCCCUGCAGCAAAAAAGUCAAUGAGGAGAAUCCCUUUACAAUCCCAAAACACAACUGACAUAAUUUUAGGACCGAAACAACGGUUUUGAAUUUUUUCGCUGAUGGUGAAGACAGAUGUCGCCAAUGCAUUGAUUGUCUUUUCGUCGCCAGUCGCAAUACGAUCAAGGAAUUAUUCACCUGGCGGGAUUCGGAAUAGCGGCACUCAUUUCAACACGCCACUACAACAACAGUUCUCAACUGACUGAAACAAAUGAGGGCGCGUACUGAUCCCAACACCUUGGCCUUGAAUGCAGUGUUGUCAACUUUGUCAAAAACAGAAACCACAAAGCAUUUGAGUCUCAGUAAUCUUACUUUGUGAGUGUGCCUCGUAUAUACAUAGAUAUUAUAAUAUAUACGCAAAUCUAUAAAUAAGUUCGAAAUAAAACACUGUUACUUA